UCAAACAUCCUGGCUGUCUAGUUCACACUCGACUUAUCAAUCACAGAUCCAGAUUUUCUUUCGCGACUCAUGCGUAAGGAAUAUGACUCUCAGCAUUCUCCUUUCGAUGUAGUCGACGAUGACGGUACCAGACUCCUCAGUGAUGGUGGUAUAGCAACUAGUCCUCCACCAAGAUCUCGCUUCCUUCACUUAUGGCCAUGGCUAAGCCAUGGUGUGCUGAUGUCCAUAACUUUGGUAUUCUUCACACUAUGCGCACAGGCACCUUCGAUAGAUGACGUAGUUCUGUUCUCUCCAGCAAACGAGGCAGUUAAAUCCAUCGGCAUCGUCAAAUUCAAUUGUACUUCCAUAUACCGUGGCAGACCAUCCCCAAACCUCGACGCCGCUUGGGAUAUAAUAUCUGUCAAUGGUUUUAUCUUGCACCUCUGCUAGCGCAGCGACAAAGUUGAGAAGUUGAUGCUCAUUCUCGUCAAUACUUUUGAUAUGUACUCGGUCGAUAUCUCAUCUCAUUUUUCUCUCACUCACUUGUUGCUCCCUUACAUGUAGUACCUGCAAAUCGCCCAUGUCAUUAAUAGGCCAGUUACCUUGCA